AUGUCGGCAAACAGUGAAGAGGUUUUUGAGCGGGAUGAAGACAUGUCGUCCUGGAGUUCGGCGUUCGCGCCGGUGAAGAAGAGACACUCCACGACACAGGAGCGCAGGCGAUGUGACAAAGAAGAGACCAAGAAGCGAAAGAAGAAAGAGAGGAAGUCGGCAUCAGUCCCGGAAGAUGCCGACAAUCGGGCAGAGCAGUUGCCCUCCUCCAGCUACACCGCCCGAGACCCUCAGGAGCAGGAGGGUUCAGCCCACGAAGGGCUUCCCGCCAACUUGGGCAGGUGGGUCUUCCAUGCCUCUUGGGAACCGACAGAAGAAGGAGACCAGCCGGAAGCGCCUCCCAAACGCAGUCCGGGGAGAGCAGCUGCGAAGAUGCUGGUUCGCGCCGGCCUUCGCUGUAAAUGUCAUUUCGCUCUCGACUGCCAAUGCAGUGACGUGCAGGGCUGGGAGAGUUUCCUGCGUGAGCAAGACGCACCCUCGCAGAAGCCUAUGAUGUUUAUGCUACUCGAGCCGGCUCAAGAGCUUUCAGUUUUCACCUUCGUUUCACCCUCCGUCUCACAAUGGUGUCGCAGAGACGACUCCGACUCCUCUGACAGUGAGGAGAUGAUUCCGACGAUCUACGGGCUCAUGCCCAUGAGGCGAAAAGCUAAGAAGAACCGCAAGCACAAGAAGAGCAAAGAGUCCAAAAGAGACCGACGCACCAAGAAGAAGGCGUCGAAGAAGCGCGCACCCAAGGCAAAGAAGAGCUCGUACAGCUCUGAAUCCUCCUCGUCCUCGUCUUCGCCGGAACGCCGCCGCCACAAGCGCAAGGAGCGUGCGGAAGCCGCUCCCUCGAGCCACAAGGGGGAGUCUUACCACACACCGUCCUUUACGAAGGACCAUUCCUUUGGAAGUGGCAAAUGGGGCGGACAGAGCUCCGGGUGGAAGCAGCCAGGCUGGCACUCGAACAAACAAUGGCAAGCCAAGUCUUGGCAGCCCAGAGGCUCCGGCAAGCCCUGGAACACUUGGACGGCGCAUGAGAAGGGUUACCAGUGGAAGCUCCCCGAACAGGAAGAAGAAGCCGAAGAUAGGGAGGAAGCUUCCAUGCAGGAAGCACUCAUGAAGAGUGCAAUGGAGGAGGCGUGGUCCGACCGCACUCGGACUUUGUCCUACAGUGAACUCCCGGCGGAUCAGCGCGGCCCCCCCUACAAAGAAGUCAUGGAGAAUGUGGAAGCUGAUGACAUCGAGCGCAUGGCCGCGCGGAUCAAGGAGCACUCCCGCCUCCCGGAGGCAAUGAUCAACUAUGUGUCCCGGUUCCUGGCCUCCCUCCCCGACGGGACGCUGCCGCAAGAGUUGAAAUGGGCGCAGCAUUCAGGAUCGCAUUUCUCCGCCUCGAUCCUCGAACUGGAGCUUAAACCCGACAUCGCCGCGCCGGAGCAGCUCCAGAUCCCGGACCCCGUCCACUCGCAGAGUCUGACGGCCGCUCACGGCACGAAGUGGUCCUCGGCUCACGGCAUUUUGAGCCAAAAGAUCAUCCGCCCUCAAGCAGCUCAGACCGACCAGUACCCGCCAUACGGGUUCUUCGCCCGUGGCAGCUGCGAGCAGUACUCCUCGCACACGGCAAUGAAGGCCCUGGAAGGGGUUGCGAGGAAAGCAAAGGCCUCGGGAAGUGGCAUCGCAAUUUUGGUGUCCGCAAGGGCACACGCGGUCCAACUCUUGGAAGGAGGCGUGGGCAAGCUUCAUGCAGCUUGCAGAAGAGACUGGGCGGCGCGAUCCUCAUCGGACCAAAGUCUGUGCAUCAGGUCGGAGGGCGCGACCAUAAAGGCCGUGGCGUUCAUGUGGCCGCGGUAG